AUGGCGGACGGCCAGCGAAUCAAUCUGCUGACGACAAAGCGAGCGACGAUGAUUGCAGCACUGGGUCGGGCUGAGGCAUUCCUGGUGGGCUACAGUGAUCAACGAGACGCUCCGCAGGUACCGUUGAGGCUCGAGUACAUAAACAACAUCUGGGCUACCCUGAAUGAAGUGCAAGCGGAGCUGGAGGCAUACGCAGAUACUGAUGAAGGUAUGGCAGUGCAUGAAAUAGUUCGCGCUGAGUUUGAGUCGCGACUUUUUUCAAUAGAAGCAUCUUUAAUCACUAAAUUGCCUCCUCUUCCUGUUAACCCCGCAUACCCUCAACCCCCGCAUGUUUCUACUGCACUCUCUGGUAUAAAACUGUCGACUAUUUCGCUUCCGGAGUUCGAUGGGGAUUAUCAGCAAUGGUUGACUUUUCAUGACACUUUCUUGGCAUUGAUACACAACAACGCUGAUGUUCCACCCAUACAAAAAUUUCACUAUUUAAGGGCAGCCGUCAAGGGGGAGGCUGCUCAGUUGAUUGAGUCUAUCGCUAUUAGUUCCGCUAAUUACGAGUUGGCUUGGCGCACAUUGGAGGGCAGGUAUUCAAAUGAUUAUCUUCUGAAGAAGCGACAUUUGCAGGCUUUGUUCGAUAUAUUUGUUCCGCGUGUUCAAAAGGAGUCCGCUGCUGCAUUGCACGGUUUGGUCGACGAGUUUGAGCGACAUACGAAAAUUCUACACCAGCUUGGGGAACCAACGGACGAGUGGAGUACCAUAUUGGAGCAUUUGUUGUGCACGCGUUUGCACAACGAUUCUUUGAGAGCAUGGGAGGAGCAUGCUUCUACUGUAGAAAGUCCAAAUUUUCAAUGUUUAGUCGACUUUUUGCAGCGGCGUAUUCGGGUUCUUGAAUCGAUAUCCGUCAACGAUCAUGCCCCUGGAAGUCAGACCACUCCGAGCACCAACCAGGCUGCUAAUUACAACCGAAGGCAAUCCCAAUUUCGGCUCUCGUCAAAUGCGUCCACCGCUAUUUCAUCCUACAAGUGUCCAGCGUGCAACGGCAAUCAUUAUAUCGCAAGAGCAAACAUCUGUUCCUGCUACGGAGAUAGUACCAGUACCAGCGCGCCAGUCCAGCAGCCUGCUGAAAACGUUUUUCUUCUAACGGUCGUCGUCAACGUCAUUGAUGCGUAUGGGCAUGCGCAUCCCGCGCGCGCUUUGUUGGACAGCGCGUCUCAGCCAAACUUGAUUUCCAACCGAUUGGCCCGCAUUCUUCGUUUGAAGCGGAAGUCCGUUAACAUCACCGUUCAAGGGGCUGGACAAAUGUCGAAAAUGAUCCAGGAAUCGUUAUUUGCCACUAUAACUUCCCGGAAGCGGAACUUUUCUUGCGGCGUAGAGUUCUUGAUCAUGGACAAGGUAACUGCAGACCUUCCUGCGCAAUUCGUAUCAACAGCUGAGUGGAAUCUACCUACCGAUAUCUUUCUCGCUGAUCCUGCUUUUAACAAAAGUCAGCCGAUAGACAUGGUAAUCGGUGUUAAACAUUUUUACAGUUCCUUCCCGUCUUCAGCUCGCAUGCAGCUGCGUGAAAAUUUACCUCUGCUGGUGGAUAGCGUCUUCGGCUGGGUUGUAGCUGGGUCGGCUGGCUUAGCAUCGUCGACAUCCCAGCAACCUUCGUGCAGCGUAGUGGCCGUGUCGAUGAUAACGCUAGAGAAAAGUGUCGAGCGCUUUUGGAAGACAGAGGAUCUGGCUACCACUGACAACUUUUCAGUCGAGGAGCGGCGAUGCGAAUCUUUCUUUACGUCGACGGUCGCGAGAACUCAUGAAGGACGAUACAUGGUUCGUCUACCUCGCAAGCCAGAUUUCGCCAUCAUGCUAGGAGAGUCUGAGGCAACCGCUCGACGUCGUUUCGAGCUUUUGGAGCCCCGUUUGCAACGAGACCCUGAUCUGAAGGCAGAGUACCACAAGUUUAUGAGGGAAUACCUCGAUCUCGGACACAUGAAGCCGGUCAAACCGAGAAGCAGUGACGACUAG